CACUUUCAUCACUGACAACCACGUGGGUGAAAAUGGCGAACAAAAUCAUAACUUACGAUGUGUGGAUUGGAAACCUUCCUUUGUCAGCAGAUGAAAAAAAUGUUGGAAAAGUUUUCUCAAGAUUUGGAGAAACAGCUUCCAUGUUCAUCAGAACUUCUAAAACAGGAGAUUAUAAAUAUGGGUUUAUCAAGUAUUUCUCAGAAGGAGAUGCUGACAAAGCAGUGUCAGAAAUUGAUGGCAAAGAAGUUGAUGGCAAGACGAUUUCAGUAAAAAGAGACUUUAAACAGGUUGGCAAAGAUUCUGAUGAAAAAGAGAAACCAAGAAAUAAAAGAAAUAUACAGAAGCCUUUAAAGAAACCAGAUUUAGAUAAGUUGCAAAACCUUUUAAAUUAUUUGAGUGAGGGUAGCCCUAGUUCCCAAGUAUCACAAGCAGUUCCAGAUUUAGUCCAGAGUAGACCUCCAACAGAGUCCAGGAAAGAGAGAGAAAAUGUGUUGAUCACACAUUGUGAAAGCCCUAUAACUGUAUGGAUACAAACAGUAACUGAUGAAAAUACACAGAAACUGCUGGAUCUUAGUGAUCAGUUAGCUGCCCUUUGUCCAGCUGCUGCCAAAUUAUCUGGACCUGUUGUUCAAGGAAAGAUUUAUGCCACUUUGUUCUCAGAAGAUAAUCAGUGGUAUAGGUGUCAGAUCAGACAGUCAUUAGGUUCUGACACCAUUAAGGUACAAUACAUAGAUUAUGGUAAUACAGAGGAGGUGAAAGCUGACCACUUGGUGGAGAUUCCACAGUCAUUGGCCUCAGUCAAACCACUGGCUACCAAACUUAUCCUUCAUAAUUGUUAUGCCCAUGAUCUGUCUGAUCAAAAUGGUAUAAAUUAUCUGAAGAAUGUGACAGAGAAUAUCAUGCUUGAAGCAGUAAAGACUGUUCAGUUGAAGGACAACACAGGACAUUAUGGAAUAUUGUAUGGAAGCGGAGUAUGUCUAAAUGAUCAGGUUAAGGAACAUGGCUUUGCAUAUACUCGCCCUGCUAUGAAUGCAAAUAAAUCUGAUGACAAUGCUGCACCAGGAAUGAUAGCCAUUAACAGAGUCACAGCAAGUCCAUUAAUGCAGAACACAAUGGGAGAGCAGAUUAUAGGCAGUGGAGGGGGAUAUGCUGAUAGUGGGGGAGGAGGGUAUGGUGAUGUGGCAGCUAGCCCUGGGUUUGGUUUUAGGCCUAAUGAUGGUGGAAAUGCUUUUAGGCCUAAUGAUGGUGGAAAUGGUUUUAGGCCUAAUGAUGGUGGAAAGCUGCAACCUAGUAGAGGCUUUCAAAGACUAGAAUCUGGUAGCCCUGAUCUUAAUGCAGAAAUUGAGAAAUUACGACAAGAAUUGGCGAAGAAAAACAUGCAGCUACAGCAAGUAUUGGUGCAAAAUUCUAAAAUUGAAGCAAGUAAAGAUACAAUCAAGGUGUUACAAGCACAGGUGACAAAAAAACAAAGAGAACUUGAAAAAACAAAGGCAGAACUUAUGAAGAAAACAUUGAUUUUAGAGCAAGUUCAAACAAACAAAUUAGAGUUACAACAAGUGACUAAUAUGUGUGAACAAGUUAGACACCUAAGAUGCCAAUUCCCUACAGGUCAAAGAAGUAUAUUAGAAGAGGCCAUAAGUGUAGUGUUAUCUGACGAGAGGAUAGACCAGACUGUGACCACUCUACAACCUUUAGUGUCGACUAUAACACGUUACAACCUUAUACAGAAAGAAAUCUCAUCUUGUACUGAUAAGGUUGAAGUAGAAAACUUAAUCUCCACUAGAAACAGUGCAAGACAAGAAUAUUAUGAGAAAGCUGGUGCAUGUAUCCAGCAGUUAAAAUCAUUACCUUUGGACGAACGUUCUCAGGCUUUACAGGAAGUUGAAAACCUACUGAGACAGAACUAUGGACCAUUCCUUGCUUUCAAUGUACAUAACAACUUAUCAUUGGAAGAGUUAGUACCUGGCUACAAUGAUUGGAAGGUGAAAAGAGAAGCUGAAUGUAGAAAUAUAAGAAGUUUAACAUCUUCAUUUGAAAACACAGUGGAACAGAACAUUCUUAACUUAUCAAAAAUGAUGAAGUUAGAUUCUGGAGGAGAAUCCCUGACAAUGCCCUGGGAUGAAAUGUUAAACAGAUAUGCUCAGUUAUUACAGCAAGAAAUUUUAUGUACUGAUUUGGAACAGACUGGUGAUGCAUCUUUAAUUGCUGCAGUGAUAAAAGCCAUUGUAAAGGAACUGUCAAAUGAAAUGAAAAAUAUCAAACAUUUUAAAAAGUUAAUUGGAGAAUUCACAGGGUAUAAGGAAGGCAUUGAGCCAUGGUUAACAGUAAACCCAAACACAGAGGAGCUCAGUCAAAUAAAGAAAACAAUACGAGGACUGAAAUCCAAAUUGAGGCACAAAGAUGCUGAUAGGCAGGACCUAGAAGAGGCAUGUGACUCUGGAGAAGAGGAACUGACAGAAGUCAAAUCAGAAAUCCAGUCUUUAAAAUCUGAUCUACACAAAGCAUUGCUUUCUCAAGAGAAAUUUUUGCUUGAUUUAGCUAAAGCUACAACAAACCAUUUUCCUGAACUAAUAAGUCAGUUUGAAGAUUUAGGAAUUAAGUCAUUACUGGUUUAUGAUGGUUUAGUAACUGCUGGGAGAGAAUUAGAAUAUUAUACAUUGUCAAACACGUGGAAAGAGGGCAUGUAUUCUUCACAAUUUGCAGGAAAUCCAGUCUAUUUACAGGAGUACAUGGUUGGUGAUGCAGAUCAUCUAGACAAGGAAUUAUUUAUAAAGAAUGUCAGUCGAUAUAAGGAAGUAACAUGUAACUGUCCCCAGCUACCACAAGUACAGUGUAUAUUCUUUGUCAAGAAUGAGAGAUUAGGCUAUGUACAGGUAGAACACCAAGAGGUUAUGUGUCUACAAGAAAUAGUCAAAGCUCAACUAGACAUACAGUUACGACAGAAGAUCAUAGAAAACCUUGGGAAAUCCAUCCAGUGUCUGCAUGAAGGACACAUAAUCCAUGGUGAAAUAAAUCCUAGUAAUAUUGGUUAUACAUCUGAUGGUGAUAUUGUUUUAUUAUGUCCAGAUUUCUCAAAAUCUUUGGAGGACAGGUUAAAGAAAGCCUUUUUAGCAGAAAAUGGUCUGUGUUUUAGAUGUCCUGAAGUUGCUUGUGGAAGGAGUGCAGGAACCAAAUCAACUGACAUGUAUUGUCUAGGAUUAGUUAUAUUAUGGCUUUAUUUCCCAUCAAUCAAUAUUCCAUUUAAGGCAGAUGGAUACCCCAGACUGAAUGAUCUACAAAUGGAUCCCCAGAUAUCUUCCUUGUUGUAUAAUCUAUUGUGUAAUCCUGAUUCAAGAUACAGAGCUAACCAAAUGCUGGACUGUGAAUACAUCAAAGCUAAGAUGGCCAUUCCAGCUUCAAAUAAGUCUGAUACAAGUACUGAUGAUACGUUUUCAACAUCCACUUCUAUAUGUAGUGUUAUAGAGAACUUUAAUGUCAAUGCUUUACCUCCUUGUGAGGAUGUUCAGCCUAACCAGGAGACAUUCAGUGAAGAAUCUUUUCCACCAGCUCAUGGCACAGUAACGAUGAGCAGUGUGCCAGCAGGAGAGGAUUCUUUCCCAGAAGUUUCCCAAUUUAAUCCAAUGGAUUUCGAUUCAAAUCAGAAUAAUAGUGCUUCUGAUGGAAUAUAUGUGAACAAUGCUGAAAUGUUGGCCAAUUGUAUUUUACAGUUGCCUCCCUUGUCAGAAAUGCCAAGAUUACCAGAGUCUGAUGCAGACUUAUCUGAGAGUUACCAGACUCCGGAGGGGUUGGUGGAGGAAGCAGAAGAGAAGACAGGAGGAAACAUCAGUCCAAUACCAGAUGAAGUGGAUGAACUGGAAAAUUCUGAAACUUGUUAGUUAUUUUGAUGUAGGUUUCUGUCAUGUCUUUAUAGAAAAAAAUAUGAGAUUAAAUUUGGACUGAAGGUCAGGUUGAUGGAAAGAUUUUGUAAAAGCAAUUACAUUUGAAGGUGUCUCACAGAUUAUAGAAACUUCCAUAUUAUCAAAUCAUCAGAAACUAUAUGGUUGUGAAAGAUGACAUUUAAUGUUGUAGGGAAAGAUUAGUAAGUGUAUUGUUGUCCAAAUGAUAGUGCUACUUAUGUUAGCAUUCUGCAAGAUACUGUAUUGCUUUGCAUUAAGUCUGAACUUUUUGGGAUAAAAAUUAUGAGUCCUUUAGAAAAAUUAUUGUAGAUACAGUAUGCUUUUUAAGAAGAGAACUACUGUAAUUCUAUUGUUGAUCAUGAUUAAAAAUCAGCCAUCAGUUCUAGUGGAUAUAUAGUAUGACCAAUUUAAGGUCAAGUUACAGUAAAUGAGCCAUAUCACAAGAUUUCAAGAGAUUUUGCACACUUUUAAAUUUGAGCUAGAAAUAAAAAAAAUAAUGCAUUUAUCUCUUUUAUGUUCUGAAUAAGAAUUAAAUGAUUUCUUUUAAAAUAGAUAUUCUUAAAUAGAAUGCAUGUAAAAUUGCUGAAAAACAUUCUUAAGAUUGUCAUACUUAAUCAGAUCUUCAAAACCAAUCCAAAGAUUUUCCUAAACAUUGAUUUCUUGUAACUACAUAAAUUUCUGUUUGAUUGAUAUAAAAUAAUCAUAGGGUCACCUACCUCAUUAUCAGUGUAUGAACCAUUCACUUAUACUGUUGGUGGUGACAAACGAUGUUUUAUUGGCUUUACUGUGCAACAGCAUAGUGCUUAGUUUGAUGUUUUGCUGUAAUUUUUCAUUAAGAACUCCACUCCAACUGAUUUAUACCCUAAAUGAAGUUGUCGACCCUAUGACUAUUUUCCAUCAGUGAAACCGAAGUUUAUUAGGCAACAACAUCUAUGGAUUGGGUGUUGAGAAAGAGUGUUCAAAUACAAUUUUGAGUAAGUUUAUAAUAGAUUUCACAUACAAUUUAUACAAUGUUUGCCUAUUUUAAGGAUUUCCAUUCAAUAACGUUUAAAUGCGUUCUUGUUUCUAUUUUCAUUUCAAGUUCAUUGUAAAGUUGUAUGCAAAACUUUACAAAAAUCUGUGAUAUAGCCCAUUUACUGUUUCAUUAUCUUAAAUGGUAAUUGAGUGUUUUUGUAAAGUUCAUGAUUUCUUUGUUUUAGACAAUAUGUAAGUUUUUCUUUUUUUGGUAUUUUUCUACAAGACUUAUGAAUACUUUCACUUCUGAUUGUUAAUUUUGAUAAAGUUCCUUUAAAAGAGCCGAGAUAUGUUUCAGAUGAAAAUGUUCAGACAACAUAUUCAUUAAUGAUUAAUUGAUUUUCAAGCAUAUUGGUGCUGCAAAUUAUUUUAAAUUGAAUUAUAGACACAGUAUACUUCAAUAUUCAAUACAUAUUUUGCACAGAACAUUGUUUUGAGUUUUGGAUUGCAAAUAUUCUAAUCAAUGUAUUUAUACAUUAAAUUUGUUUUGAAUUUGUAAUAAAAUUCAUUAAAAAUAAAACAUUAAGCUAGAAGAAAUUUAAAUUUACAAAGUGGUAAUAUUUAAUAAUCACUUUCUAAAAAAUAUCAGGCUGUUAUUUUAGAGAACAGUAUGUUAAUUUUGUAUAAACCAUAUUUUUUUUUGGUUUCUAGCUAAUUUCUUUCAGAUUUUAAUUUCUAAAUAAUUCAAAGGUCAAAGUUUAGUGUAAAUUGUACAUCCUUAUACAUUAGCUGAACUAAAUGCCCAUUUUAAAUAACACAAUUUGAAUGAAUUAAUACCAACUUCUUGUUCUGGGUGGACAAAUUUGUACUGAAAUUAUUAGAAAAAAUGCAUGAUAUAUAAUCACAUGCUUUAUAAUGACUACUGGAUUAAUUUUAUUGUACUUUUAUUGUUCAAGUAAUUGUUAUGUUUAUUUUCACUAAUUAUCAAUCAUUUUCAUUUAAUUGUCAUACUAGUCAAAGUUACUUGAAAAAAAUGUUUUAUAUAAAAUAAAAAUUUUUGUUCUUGAUAA